AUGGAUUAUGAACAGACUCGCGGACCGCCGAAGGUCAAGAAUAAGGCCGCCAGCGCCAUCCAAAUUUCUGCAGAACAACUUCUACGUGAAGCUGUUGACCGUCAAGAACCAGGACUUCAAGCACCAACUCAGCGGUUUGCUGAUCUCGAAGAGCUUCAUGAAUUCCAAGGCAGAAAACGAAAAGAGUUCGAGGACUAUGUGCGGAGGAAUAGGAUUAAUAUGAACAAUUGGAUGAGAUAUGCGCAGUGGGAAUUGGAACAGAAAGAAUUCAAACGAGCACGAUCCGUUUUCGAACGAGCAUUAGAUGUCGACUCUACAUCCGUUACAUUAUGGAUUCGAUAUGUCGAGGCGGAGAUGAAGUCGCGGAACAUCAAUCAUGCCAGGAAUUUGUUAGAUCGUGCGGUAACUAUUUUGCCUAGAAUUGAUAAAUUAUGGUACAAAUAUGUCUACAUGGAGGAAAUGCUUGGUAAUAUCCCGGGUACACGACAAGUAUUCGAAAGAUGGAUGUGUUGGGAACCGGAUGAGGCAGCUUGGAGUAGUUAUAUCAAAUUGGAAAAGAGAUAUGGGGAGUUUCAAAGAGCUAGGGAAAUCUUUCAACGAUUUACCAUGGUACAUCCUGAACCAAGAAACUGGAUUAAAUGGGCCAGAUUUGAGGAAGAGUAUGGAACAAGUGAUUUGGUUAGAGAGGUAUUUGGGACAGCUGUUGAAGCGUUGGGUGAAGACUUCAUGGAUGAAAGGCUCUUCAUCGCAUAUGCGAGAUUCGAGACAAAGUUAAAGGAGUAUGAACGUGCAAGAGCUAUCUACAAAUACGCCCUAGAUCGUAUGGCACGAUCGAAGUCUACUUCUCUCCAUAAGGCUUAUACUACUUUCGAGAAACAAUUCGGUGAUCGUGAAGGUGUGGAGGAUGUGAUUAUUUCGAAACGCCGAGUUCAAUAUGAGGAACAAGUGAAGGAAAAUCCCAAAAAUUACGAUGCAUGGUUCGACUAUGCCAGAUUGGAAGAAACUUCUGGAGAUGUCGAUAGAGUUCGAGAUGUUUACGAAAGAGCUAUUGCUCAAAUUCCACCAACCCAGGAGAAGAGACAUUGGAGGCGUUAUAUAUAUCUGUGGAUUUUUUAUGCCAUUUGGGAGGAGAUGGAAUCGAAGGAUGUUGAGCGAGCGAGACAGAUCUAUCAAGAAUGUCUGAAAUUAAUACCUCACAAGAAAUUCACAUUUGCCAAGAUCUGGCUUAUGAAGGCUCAAUUCGAGAUUCGACAACAGCAACUCCAAGCCGCGAGAAAAACUUUAGGAACAGCCAUCGGGAAUGUGUCCUAA